CGAAUCUUUCUCGUAACAAUAGGGAGUUUUACCUACGCGUAUGCUUCUAGCAUUAUCGGCACUACACUUGCCCAGCCAUCUUUCAUCGAGUAUUUUGACAUGGACAAAAGGUCCAAUGCCGCCGACAUCUCAGGAGCCAUAAAUGGAGUAUUCCAAGCUGGGGGCUUUUUUGGCGCCCUGGCUUGCAUUCUCAUCGCGGACAAGUUUGGCAGGCGGAUAGCAAUUUUCAUUGCGUCCAUGCUGGCGACACUAGGUGGCGCGCUUCAAGCUGGCAGCGUCCACAUUGCCAUGUACCUGGCGAUGCGUGUUGUCUCUGGCUUGGGGGUAGGCGCUUUGAUCACUAUGGUCCCGCUCUACCUCGCCGAGGUAGCUGCCCCAGAAGUCCGUGGUCGUGUUGUUGGCACGACGGGGAUCAUGAUUGGUGUCGGCUAUUCGAGCGCAAGCUGGAUGGGUUUUGCCUUCUAUUUCGUUAAUGCAUCCAACAAACAGUGGCGUAUUCCAAUUGCGUUGCAAUGUGUCCCGGCUCUAGUGCUUGCCAUUGGCGUUUGGUGGCUUCCAGAGUCGCCUCGAUGGUUGCUACUUAACGAUCGAGCCGAUGAGGCCCACAGGAUAUUUUAUCAAGCUCAACCCGCACAUAACACGCACGAGGUGGCCGAUAAUAGCGAGUUUGAAUUGCUGCAGAGGCAGAUCAUGCAGGAGAAGACGUACCCAACGGCCUUUUCAGAUCUGUUCACCAACCCAGGCAUGAGAAAACGUACCUUGCUUGGUUUUUUGUCCUUGUUUGGCUCUCAAGCCGCUGGCACGCAGGUCAUCAACAAUUAUGGCUCAUCCUUGUAUGCCGGGCUCGGGUACAAUACCACCAACACACUGCUGAUACAAAGCUGCUGGAUAACCACCAUCAUAUUUGGCAAUGUGAUAAAUACAGUGGCUCUGGAUAAGUUUGGCCGUAAACCACUCUUCGUUCUCGGAUUUGCAGGAUGUGCCGCUUCCCUGAUCGGAGAGAGUGUUUCUGUUGCUCACUAUCAGAGCACGGCAAGUCACUCUGCUGCCGUAGCAGCUGUUUUCUUUUUGUUUUUAGAGGUUGCCGUCUUCUCAUCUACCAUUGAUGCAACAUCUUACGUAUACCCUUCGGAGAUAUUCCCUACGCCACUUCGCGCUAAAGGAAUGGCUGUAUCGGCAGCCGGGUUAUUUCUAGCUUCCCUAAUCAUCCUUAUCCCUGCCCCAACAGCAUUUGAAAAUAUCCAGUGGAGAUAUUAUAUUGUGUUUACAAUAUUAAGCUCUGUAAUGGCUAACAUGGGUUAUAAGACUAAGCAAAAAUCCCUCGAGGAGAUCUCUGCUCUUUUUGGGCAGUAUACACCCCAAACUACUGAUGUAGAGAAAGACAAUAAGGGGUCUAUUACCAUGGUAGAAGAUUGCAAUCACGGUUAG